UUACUCACAGUGUUAUGAAUAAUUGUAAAUAAAGUGCAAAAAUGUAUUAUUCAAUGAAAUAAUUUUUUUUUAAUGAAUUUUUAAGUUUAAUAAUAAUUUAUCUGGACUAUUUUUACUUUUAGAUAUAUUUUUAAUACUUUUAGAAAUAUUUUUAAUACCAAAACAAUGAAGUUUUUGUGACAUAACCUAUCAUUUUUAAAUUGCAAUAAAUUAUUACUUACAAUAAUAAAAAUUACAUAAUAGAUAAUUAAUAAUUAGCAAUUGUAAGUAAAUUAAUUAAAAAUUACACGAAAAAAAAAUAAAAUAUGCAGCCACUGAUGGCAACGAUGUCAAAUUUACAAGACAAGUGCAAUCUCCAGCAAACAUCUCCAAGAAAAAAAGAAAUAAAUUCCCCUAUUGUAGCUAAUGACAGACCAGGUAUUUCUGUUUUCCAUAAAUCUCCAGAUCCACGUUUCCAUGAAGGAAUUGGAAGAUCCCGGAUUAUGAUUGACAGAACGCAGUACAUUGAGCAGUGGCUCCAAACUCAUAAAAAUAUUCAAAGAAAUAAACCAAAUUCAAAUUGUUCAUCACCAUCAUCAGCAUCAUCAUCAGUCGUCUAUGAAUCACCACCUCAGCUGAUAAAAUAUUCAAAAAAAAAUCAACGAUCACCUCUCAAGGAUUGCAAUCAAUUAAAAAGAUUCAAACCAAAUGACAAUGAGAAAGUGCGUUCUAGUUGUCGGCUACGUUAUUCACCAGUUAAAUUAAUAAAAUCCAAAGAAAAUCAACAUGUCAACAGUAAAAUUUGCCAUAGUCCUACCGCUGAUUCACCAAAAAAAUUAUCUAAGCCCAGGGAAAAAAAUAUUGUUGAUCAAUAUCAAGAUAAUUUAAUUAUCGAAACCUGUUUAUCGCCAAUCAAUGAAAUAAUCGAAACCUGUUUAUCACCAAUCAAUGAAAUUAUUGAUGAAAGUCCGUCAAUUGAAAUAGUCGACGUUAAUUCACCAGCACCUUCGUCGAUAUUUUUAGAAUCUAUCCAUAGUAUGGAGUGUAAUUCACAGCAAAUAGAUGAGAUACAGUCACUAUCAUCACCGAUAAUCAUCAAUCAACAUAUUGAUGAGGGUGAUGACAGCGAACAUGAUGAUGAUAUUAUGAAUGUGACGAUACACAGUGACAGCAAUAAAACAAUCAGUGAUAUUAUUGGUAAUUUAGAUGGAUCUCUAAUUAAUAUUGAUGAUAUUCAAUCAGAACAUUCUCAGGGUAAGUUGGAUAAUUCUAUUGACUCGGACGCAACUUUUUAUUCGGAAGUUGAAAAUGCUAAUCGUACAGUUAUCAUUAAUGAAGUGAUUGAUUGUGAUGAUAAAUCGAACGGUGGUGAUGAACGUUAUACUAAAGUUGUGAUAGAUGAUGAUGGUGAUGAUGAUGAUAGUGAUGACGAUAAGACUUUUGAAAAUGAAUUAUCAAUUAGCGAAGUAACUUCACAAUCUGUUACAAAUAUUGAUAAUACGCCGAAAGAUAAUUACAGUAUUUUGAAUGGUGACUUGUCGGAGAAAGAAAUAAUUAUUGAGGAUAAAUCUGUUGAAGAAAUAAGUCAAGUAUCUUCACAGAAAAUUUCUCAAGACCUAACACCACCUCAGACCUUAAAUCGCAAUAGUUCGAUAGAUACUACGGACAACAUUAUCAGCACGGGAACUUCACCUCCAUCGAAACAAUCGUUGAGCGUUGAACGCUGUGAUACUAUUAUUAAUGCUGUUGUUAAAAAGAAAAAGAAACCUAAAAAAGGAUCAUUGGUCGAGAGAUUACAAACACUUAUCGCAAGAAAAAUAUCUUCGAUACGUAUAUGGCGACAUCAAAUGUCUCAAGAUCAUUUAAAAACAAAUUCACCGUGUGUUAUUGUUCAAAUUAAUAAAUAUAUUUGGCAAUACAGCAGAUUCAUUAUUAGCGGAAAAAUACUUAACGAUGAUAGCAAUUUAAUUGAUAAAUACGUCAAAGAAAAUUCUCUAUUACCUUCAGAUAAAAAUAUCAGUAACGGUUGUAUUAAUGGUUUAAAUUCAUCUAAAUCAAUUAAACUUUUACUGGUUCCAGAAAUUGUUGGUAAAAUAAAUUUUGAUAAUAAGAAUAUUAUUAAAAUAUAUCCGCCGUGGGAUAUCAUUGAUCCAAACGAAGUACUGCUCAAUAUUUUUUAUUUUAUUGUUACUGUAGAUCCUAAUGUUACUAAUGAUAGUCACCAUGAUGAAAAUGAUGAUUUUAAAUCAGUUGAGGAAUUUAACUGUCCAUGUUUAACAAACAAAAAACUUGCGGCAAACUGUAGCGUUAAGUUUAGUAAUUCGAAACCUAAUUUUAUGCAAUGUUUAUUUUCUAAUUAAGAUAUUUUUUAUUUUGUUAAUUGUAUUUAUUAUUUGUUAUUAUUGCUGUUUCGAUAAAUUUACGAGAUGUAUUAAAAUAUUAAUUUAAUUAUAAUAAUUUUUAAAAAUUAUAAAGAUGUAAAUUUAAAUUUAAUGAAAGUUAUGUACGAUAAUACAAAAAUAAAAUUGUAAUUUUAAUAAUA